CGACCUCCGACCAUCAUAUAAAUCACUUCAUAGAACUCCGUUUUAAGUUAUAAAUUCUUAGUAAACAGUAAUUAGAAGUAACAAAAAUGGUGGAAUUUUCCAUGGCCAAUGCCCAAGCAUUUAUAGAUGAAGAUGAUGAACUGGAUGAAGAGCCAGGUGAAGAGAUAGAAUCAGCACCACCGCUCAAUGUUGGUGAAGAAAGGGAAAUUAACUCAAAUGGACUCAAGAAGAAGCUUCUUAAGCAUGGUCAGGGUUGGGAGACCCCUGAAUUUGGUGAUGAAGUCACCGUUCAUUAUGUUGGUAUCCUACAUGAUGGAACCAAAUCUGUUUCCACCGGGGACAAAGGUGAACCUGUUACAUUCAAGCUUGGUCAAGAGAAAGUUGCUGCUGGCUUAGACCGUGGCAUUGUCACGAUGAGGAAAGGUGAAGGAGCAUUGUUCACUUUGCCUUCGGAAACUGCUUUUGGAUUGUCAGACUCGGAUGCAGUUUCAUUGAAUAGUGUCGUUCAGUUUGAAGUCGAACUCGUAUCAUGGAUCACAGUGGUGGAUGUCUGCAAGGAUGGUGGUAUUAUCAAGAAAAUUUUGGAGAAGGGGGAGAUGAUAGGACCUCCUGGUGACUUGGAUGAAGUUCUAGUGAGGUAUGUGGUGAGGGUGCUUGACGGCAUCACUGUUGCAAAAACAUCUGAACAUGGAGUGGAGUUUUAUGUCAAAGAUGGCCAUUUUUGUCAAGCAUUACCAAAAGCGAUCAAAACGAUGAGAAAAGGGGAGAAAGUGAAUUUACUUAUUCAACCUCAGUAUGCCUCUGUUGACAGGGAUAAGGACUCUGAAAGUGGCGUCCCUUCAAUUCCUCCAAGUUCUAUUCUGAGUAUUGAUCUUGAACUAGUUUCUUUCAAGCCGGUAAUAAAUGUGACUGGUGAUUUGGGAGUUUUAAAGAAGAUUCUAAAAGAGGGAGAAGGCACUCUUACUGCAGAUGAAGGUGCUGCUGUGACAAUUAGGUAUACAGCUAAGCUUGUGGACGGCACUUUGCUUGAGAAAAGAGGCUUUGAUGGAGAGGACGCACUGAAGUUUAUAACUGAUGAAGAACAAGUCGUUGCUGGACUGGACCAAGCUGUUAGUACAAUGAAGAAGGGUGAACAUGCAAUAGUGACAGUUAAACCUGACUAUGGGUUUGGAAAUACUGAAGUGAAGCGGGAUCUUGCUAUGGUUCCUCCAUGCUCAACCAUAAUUUUUGAAGUUGAGAUGUUGGAGUUCACAAAGGAAAAAGAUCCUAGGGAAAUGAAUAAGCAUGAGAGAAUCCAAAUGGCCCAGAGGAAGAAAGAAGAAGGCAACUUGCUCUUCAAAAACGGAAAGUAUCAAAGAGCAAUGAAGAAAUAUGAGAAGGUUACUGAUUGUAUUAAUGAAGAUGAACAUUUUGAGGAUGAUGAUCAAAAGAUAGUUAAAUCAUUGAGAGUGUCAUGCUGGUUGAAUGGUGCUGCAGCAUGUCUCAAACGGAAUUAUUUCCAGGAAGCAAUCAAGCAAUGUUCCAAGGUCUUAGAAGUUGAGUCCUGCAAUGUGAAAGCAUUAUAUAGGAGAGCACAAGCAUUUAUGGAAACAGCUGAUCUGCACUUGGCGGAACUGGAUAUCAAGAAGGCACUAGAAAUAGAUCCACAAAACAGGGAGGUGAAACUGUUACAGAAGAACCUAAAACAACUCCAAGCAGAGAGCAACAAGAGAGACGCAAAGCUCUAUACAACAAUGUUUGCACGCUUGUCAAAUGAGAACUCUUCGGCAGCAAAGAGAUUAAAAGUUGAAGAAAUGGAGAGCAAGAAUGAAGAAAAUGUUGGUGAAAUCAACAUGCGCUGACAUUUGAUUGGAAGUUGAAUCUAGAUGAAGAAUUGUACUUCUAUACAUAUUUUCUAAAGCUAACAGAGUCUUGAGUCAGGAGUCUAUAGGAAACAACCUCUUUACCCCACUUACCCCGCAAAGGUAGGGGUAAGGUCUGCGUACACCCCACCCUUUCUAGACCCCACUUGUUUCGGGAAUAUAUUGUUAUUAACACCGAGCAUGUAUAGACCAAGGUAAUAGAGAAAGGCAUUACAUUGCAGAAACCACACUUGUACCUCCGGAAAUACGUGGUUUCAGUUCUAUUUUAAACGUAAAAAAUUGGCACCUUCUGGUUGUAUAUUUCAUUUGGAUGUUUGUUUGAACUUUAUUUUUCAGUUGUCCCUAUCAAAUUUGAGAUAU